CUCUCGUCGCGCUCAAAAGAAGCUACGCCAUCUCUCCUUUGUCUGUCCAGAGCCGUUACGACUCAUACCGGCGUCAAAACCAAACUGCUUUAUUUAACUCUUCUGUUGUUACAUUUCUACAACGUCUUAGUUUUGCUGUAACGCUAACGAACCUAGCAAGGUUUGGUUCCGUAAUUAGGUCGUGUUCUUGCAUUAUGAGCCAGGCGAAUGGUGAUAAGAACAACUCUGAGUCCGCCAUAGAGUCAAGCCUACAGAAGAAAAACAAAAUGGAAGACACCAAGUACCUCCCGGAGCUCCUGGCCGAGAAAGACAGCCUGGAUUCGUCUUUCACACAUGCAAUGAAGCUCAUUUCUGCAGAGAUUGAAAGGAUCCAGAAGGGCGAAACCAAGAAAGAACCGGAGAAAGAAACCUAUCUGGACUUAUUUGCCACCAAGAAUCUGAAACUUAAAGAACGAGUGCUCAUCCCUACCAAGCAGUACCCCAGGGUCAACUUUGUUGGUAAACUCCUAGGACCUCAGGGCAGCACAAUCAAAAGACUCCAAGAAGAGACUGGAGCAAAGAUUUCAGUUCUGGGUAAAGGCUCCAUGAGAGACAAGAAUAAGGAGGAAGAACUGAGAAAGGGUGGUGAGGCUAAAUAUGCCCACCUUGCCAUGGAGCUGCAUGUGUUCAUUGAGGUAACAGCACCCAUACCAGAAGCCUACCUGCGUAUGGCCCAUGCUAUGGAGGAGGUCAAGAAGUUUCUUAUCCCGGAACCUGGUGAGCAGGAUCCAUACAUGGAUCCUCAUUUCCUGAAUGGAGCCCAGGAUGGUUCAGUCAGGGGGCGUGGUGGUCACAUGGGAAGAGGCAGAGGCGGACCUCCUGGACCAAGGGGGCGUGGAAUGCCACGUGGGGGCCCUCGUGGAGCAAUGCGUGGAGGAGGUCCAAGAGGUGGACUAGGACGGGGCUCUGCUCCCAGAGGUGCACCAUCUGGCAGGGGUGGACUGCCUUCUGCUCCUAACAGAGGAGGCUCUAAUCCCCGCUCCAGACCUCCCACAGCAGGGGCACCAAGAAUGCUCCCUUCUGGAGCACUUUCCCACCAGCAGCACCAGGGUCCACCCACUGGAGCAUCACAGGGCAAAGCUGAAGGCUAUGAAGAAUAUCCUCCAUAUGACGAGUCCUACGGCGAUCCUUCCUAUGAAGGAUAUGAUUAUUAUAGCCAACAAUCUGCACCUGGGGACACUGAAUAUUACGAUUAUGCACAUGGUGAAGCCCAGGAAUCUUCAUACGACUCUUAUGCUCAAGAUGACUGGGACAACUCAUGGUCCAACUCUGGAGGUGGAGGCAAAGCCCCCCCAAACAGACAGACGAAGGGGUCGUAUAGAGAGCAUCCGUAUGGAAGAUACUGAACGCCUAAUGGUAGAGAGUUGCCAUGGCAGCUGUCUGCGAUUGUUACUCACUUAACUUUUCAAAAGUAAUUUCCCUCUCGUUUGGUCCUUUUUUAUCGUUUAUUUUAUUUUGUUUUUUAAACACGGUAGAAACAUUUGGUUGGAUGUAUCAUAGAGUGCUAGAUGACAAACAAACACAGUUUUCAUUGUUUAUCUGUUUCCAUUUAAUGUUUGUUUUUGAGUUGCGUUGUUGGCAGUUAAAGUCCUUGUGACAAAAAAUAACCAAGGAACAAGAAUGACAUUUUAGUGAAACUUGAUGGUUAUAUUCAGUUAAUUGUGCGUUAACAAAAUGUGAUUGUGGCGAUUUAAUUCUUCUCACAUAGGCUGCAUUUUAAAGUCCUUCAUGUCUGGACAAAAAUUACUCAUAAUGCCUCAAUGUAACUAUAACUAGAAUAGAUGUAGUUGCAAACUCAAAUACAAUGCUGAGCCAUUUUGAUUAAAAACAAAAGUAUGUCUUAUCCUUGUUUAUACGACAAAACAAAUCUAGUCUUGUGUGAAGUUAUUGAAUCUCCAAAAAUUCAAGUGAUACCCAUUUGACAGAAAAUGCAUCUAUUUUUGCCACUAUCAUAAUUGGUAUAUUUUGGACUGUCAUACAUGCAAAAUCAUCGCUGAUGAUCGAUUUUUAAUUCUUGUAAAGCUUGAAGGAUUAACAAUCCUAGUUUGCAUAAAGAAAGGCUGCAGCCAACUCAAUAUUUUGUAUAUAACCUUAGGACAACUGUGUAUGCUUUAAGCCCUGCCGUCUCCAAAAUGCAUAAUGCUUGUGUACUUUUGGCUAAAUAGGAUACUAAAUAUAUCCAAAAUGUUUUUCUGAAGUGCGUUGUUUCAAUAAAGUUUCUAGUUUCUUUUUAAUCCAUCUAAACAUGGUAUUUUGCCUUUGUUGUACCAAAGGAAUGCCUUCAUUUGUGAAGUGUUCAUCAGUGGUUCUCCCCAAUGCUGAAUAAGCUGUAUGUAUAUACGUCAGCCUGAUCAAAAACAAAAUCAACAAAAACACUAAAGCAGUGUUUUGACAAUGAACUCAUCCUCUUCGUCUGUUUUCAAAACUUAUCUAAAGGACACUUGUAUUGUUACCUUACAAAAAUAAAGCUUAUCAUUUCUUGAGGAAAUGUGCUGCCAAAUACAUGUUUGAUUUGAAUGAUAUAGUGCUUGAACAUGUAUUGUCAUUAACCCUAGUCAGUAUAUCUCUUUAAGCUCUCAAGAGAGCAGUGUUAUCUUCAGCCACUUGAUAUAACUGAAUCUCAACAGUAUUUCAAAUCAAGCUUACAGGGACCUUACUUGACUUUGAUGCAAAGUCAUGCUGGCUGGUUUUUAUAAAAGAAAAAAAUCGCAGAGGAGAGGAUUCUAAAAGCCUAAAGAUCGCCACAAGAAGGUAAAACUAACCCUAACACUCAUUUGUUAGAUUUUUGUUUUGUUUUCUGUGGAAAAACAUCAAGUAAUGCAAGUCAUCCAAAACAUAUCAAAACAUUUAAGUACCAAAUAUGUUACCAGUAGUUAUUCCGAGCAAAAUAAGCCGUACAAAACAAUCAGAAAUGGUUGUGAUGCAACUCUUGCUCAAUAAAACCAAUAAUGGUCCAUUCAUUUCACUCAAUACUUAACAAUUUCCAUCUUGAUAAUUUCUGUAGAAUGUAGAUUCCUGAAAACUAGUAAUUUCACUUGAAGCGUUAAAACAUCCCAUUGAUGGACAAAAUCCUUUCAGCUUGAGUUGCAUGAAAUUUUUAUAGUAUAAAGUUAAAUUUUGCAUGUGUUUUUCAGUGAAUGCCUGCAAGCCCUGAUGUGUCAUAAGACUCACUUAAGUUUCUCUUUCUAGGUUAUAAAGGAAAUGUGUAGGGGCAGUUGAGACAAUGAACUCCAGCUUACCAGGCCUUGCAUGGUCUUACAUUUUUGUUCCUGGAAACACUAUUUUCAUCCCUCAGGGAUUCAUUUUAUCAAUUAAAAAAAAAAAAGAAA